UACUGCAGCCGCCAACGGUGCUGCUGUCUGACGAUGGUAGGCUGGAAAGACGGAUGGUCAGGGCCGUCCUCGUCUAACCUGAACAUGCAAGUUUAACUCGAUUCAUGCCCGGUUAUAGUGCUAAACCAGGUUACACGUGUAUUCAGCCUUAGCUAGUCGCAUUACGGUGAUUUUAAUGAUGGAGGACGACUGUGUGUGUGAGUACGACUCGACCUGGGACACAGAGAGUGAUGGAGACGACCCGGCCGGAGAGAGCCAAACCCGUCGGUCAUGUCAAGACAAAAACAAAUCUGGCUGGACAUUAAAUUGGCAUCAUACGCCCAGAAACAUGAGGGCAGCAAAGGACAUGCAGAACUACAGAAGAGGAUAUCCAAAUCUUACAGAUGACGAGUGCUCAGAAGACAAAAUGAACAACUUGCAGUUUUAUCUCAAUAAAUUUCCCUCUGCUCCUGAUGAUGUCUACAUUGAAUCUUUUCUCAAGGAAUGGAAAAAUGAUUACAAAAGACUGGAGAGAGUGCACUCGUACAUUCAGUGGCUGUUUCCACUGCGAGAGCCGGGGGUUAAUUACAUGGCUUCAGAACUCACCAAGAAGGAAAUUGAGGCCUUCAAGAAGAAUGAGGAUGCCAAAAAGAGACUAGUUGAGUCCUAUGAACUCAUGUUGGGCUUCUAUGGCAUGCGUUUGGUCAACAAAGAGACGGGUGAAGUGAAACGAGCUGAUAAUUGGAAGGAGCGAUUUGGAAACCUGGAGCGGAAUAUGCACAACAACCUGCGCAUCACUCGCAUCCUGAAGAGCCUCGGAGAGCUGGGCUUUGAGCACUACCAAGCCCCACUUGUGCGCUUCUUUCUGGAAGAAACUCUAGUCAAGAAGACCCUCAGCAGUGUCAAACGCAGCGUGCUUGACUAUUUUUUGUUUGCUGUCCUGGACAAGCAGAAGCGUCAGGAGCUCAUUCGCUUUGCAUAUCAUCACUUUGAGCCAAAGGACAAGUUUGUGUGGUGUCCCAGAAAGAUUCAGAAACAAUUCAGGAAGGCAGAGAAAAGAUCUGAUGCCGUCGGGAACGGAGAUGGAAAAGAUGAAGCGUAUUCACGGAGUAAAAGCAAAGAUGGGGAAGCAGGUGACGCUGGACCUCCGGGACCACCUGGACCUCCUGGCAGAGGGAGACCAGGAGCUGCAGGACUACCUGGAACUAACGGGUUGCCAGGCGGAGUCGGACCCCAGGGUCCAGCGGGUGCUGAGGGUCUUCCAGGACUUCCCGGACCUUCUGGCCCUGAUGGACCACCAGGUCUUCCUGGUACUCUUCAUGAUCUUUCUGGUGACCUUCUGUGUCCUGCCAUCUGCCCCCCUGGUCUCUCUGGUGCUACUGGGAUGCCAGGAUUCAAGGGUCACACCGGGCAUAAAGGAGACAAGGGAGAGCCUGGAAAAAACGGAGAGAAGGGUGACGCUGGUCCACCUGGCCCACCUGGUAUCCCUGGCACUGUGGGUCUGCAGGGCCCACGUGGUCUCAGAGGUUUGCAAGGCCCAAUGGGAUCUGUAGGAGACAGAGGCCUGCCCGGUUUCAGAGGCAAACAUGGCAUCGCCGGCAUCAUUGGAAAGACAGGUGAUCCGGGAGAAAAAGGACCACAGGGAUUCAGAGGACCCAAGGGAGAAAUUGGUAAAAUCGGUCCCAAAGGAGGUCCUGGAGGAGCUGGACCCAAAGGGGAGCCUGGUAUUCCUGGCAGAGAUGGCAAAGAUGGCACACCAGGAUUAGAUGGCGAGAAGGGUGAUGCUGGACGCCACGGAGCAGUUGGAGAGAAAGGACCGAACGGACUUCCUGGUCUACAAGGAAAGGCCGGUGGGAAGGGGUCUAAAGGAGAAGUUGGUGAACCGGGAAAGACCGGGGAGACAGGACCCUCUGGAGAGCCAGGUAUUCCUGGUGACAUUGGCGUCCCAGGAGAGAGGGGGAUAGCAGGACCCAGAGGAGUGGCUGGAGGCAUUGGACCAGUGGGCAACUCCGGGCCUCAGGGAGUGAAAGGCUUUCAGGGGGUAAAAGGAGCCUUGGGGGAUCCAGGUCUUCCAGGUCCAACAGGAAUCCGUGGGGAGUUUGGUGAAAGGGGUCCAGUUGGAGCUUCUGGAGCUAAAGGAGACAUGGGUGUGGCAGGAAGUGACGGUCUGCCAGGAGAGAACGGAGAACCUGGUCCUUUUGGCCCAGUUGGACAAAAAGGAGAGUCUGGAAAGCGAGGUGAACUGGGACCAAAGGGCGUGACAGGUCCACAAGGAGAGCUUGGGGCAAGAGGGCCUCCAGGAAAACCAGGACUAAUGGGCUUCCAAGGGGAGCAGGGUCUGCCUGGAAUUGCAGGAAAGACAGGUGUACCUGGUAAACUGGCGAGUGAGCAGCACAUCAGAGAGCUGUGUGGCUCGAUGAUCGAUGAUCAGAUCGCACAGCUGGCUGCUAACCUACGAAGACCCCUGGCCCCUGGAAUGGUGGGCCGCCCUGGCCCUCCUGGGUCUUCAGGAAAGCCAGGAGUUGCUGGCUCUAUUGGGCAUCCAGGUCCCCGCGGACCACCAGGGUACAGAGGCCUGCCAGGAGAACUCGGAGACCCUGGUCCCAGAGGUGAUGUUGGUGAACAAGGUGACAAGGGAUCCCUUGGCAAAGCUAUUGAUGGGCCCAUUGGAGACCAAGGAUACCAAGGUCUUCCUGGAGUUCCUGGAAUUGUCAAAGAUGGGCGCGAUGGAUCUCCAGGAGAUCCAGGUGAGCCUGGAGAGUCAGGCAGGGUAGGUAGGACUGGGCACCAGGGACCUCCUGGAAUCUGUGACACAUCAGCCUGCCAGGGAGCAGCGGCCGCUGGAAAGUCCACCAACCCCAAAAACCAUUAAACAUGACUUCCCGCAAGCUGACACCAUCCACCCCGAGGAGGAAGGGUGAUAAGUGAGGGAAGGAAGGAAUGAAAGAAGAGUGAUCACAAAAUGUCCUCUUUAUUUAAAUACAUGUAUCACCAGAUGGGAAGAGUAACAUCAAACAGGUGUGAUAUUGUGAGAGGAACACCCGAGGAGUGACAAUACCAGAGCAACUGAGAGACUGAAACUUCAAGAUAACAUCCAGAAAUAAAAGUGGACAGAGGCACCGAAGUGUCCGAGAGAACAACCGCAUUGCUCCAAAAAUACUACAGUAUCAGAUAACAAGACUUGACUUACAAACAACUGGAAAAUGAAUGAUGAGUCUUUUGUGUAUAAAAACUUUGUACAUGUUGUUUCCAUGCCCCCAUUUCCCUGGUUAACAUCCUUCUGGCAGACGACGCUCUUGAAUCAACAGUGAGUGUGUCUGAAGUGAAUGUGCAUGUAUCGUGGCCCACUGAUGUAAAUCACAGGUGUUACCUCAACAUACAAGCUUACAGUGUAAAAUAUGGAGAUAGGCGACAGAGGAGCUGUGUAUGUGUUGUAAAAGGAAUAAAAAACACAAAUACCCAGGUGCCCAGAAAUUGUGUAGAUUAAUGCAAAAAAUUUAAAACUUUUGAUAGUUUUUUUUUUUUUUU